GCUAAAUAGUCAAAGAAGACUACAUCUGACACAAUGGGCCCUAAAUUUGAUCCCACUGCCAUUACCAUCGUAUACUUAAGAGUUAUUGGUGGUGAGGUCGGUGCAACAUCGUCUCUUGCUCCAAAAAUCGGUCCACUUGGUCUGUCACCCAAAAAAGUUGGUGAUGAUAUUGCCAAGGCAACUGGAGAGUGGAAGGGACUAAAGGUGACUGUAAAACUUGUCAUUCAAAACAGAAAUGCAACUAUAUCAGUUGUUCCUAGUGCAGCUUCCUUGAUUAUCAAGUAUUUAAAAGAACCACCACGUGAUCGCAAAAAAGUAAAACAUGUAAAACACAAUGGAGAUAUAACAUUAGAUAACAUCUUUGAUAUUGCUCGUCAAAUGAGAGAAAGGUCACUAGCACGUAAGUUUUCAGGAACUGUAAAAGAAAUACUAGGAACUGCACAAUCUGUAGGUUGUACUAUUGAUGGCAAAUCACCUCAUGGUAUCAUAGAAAGUAUUCAGUCUGGAGAGAUUGAAUGUCCAGAGGCAUAAAAGAUUCUUCAUUCUUGAUUUAUAUUAUUUGUAUAUUUAUAUUUUGAGAUCAUAUUGUUGUUGCUGCAGAAAAUUUUUUU